ACACCAAAAAGAUUAGAUUUUUAAAGAUAUUUACAGUGGAAAAGAGUUGCAUAAACUUCAUAUCGAUUGAGAGAAAAUUUGGGAAAAUCCAUGGCUACCGACCACUCCGAUGAUUUAGACCAACUACUUGAUAAUUUAUUGAAGUUAUCGAUACGGGUACAUAAUUUGCAGGCGCUUUAGAUGAUUUCCAGAAUCUCAAUCUCACUGCUUCUUCACAAAGAAGUAAAGAUGGAGAAGAGAAGGGGAGUUCUAUGGCUGGUGAGGUUCAAGGGCUAGGGAUGGGAUUGCCAGAUUUGAGGGCUAAAAAAAUGGGUAAACAAAAAAAGGCUUCAAAGGAGGUUAAGGACUCACAUGCUUUUGAGGCUCUUGAUAAGCUUAGAGAGCAGACUAGGGAGGCUGUGAAGGGGUUAGAAUCAAUGAAUGGCUUGAAGUUUCCUGGUGCUCAGAAUUUUGGGAAUGAUGCAUUGAUAGAGGAAUGGGCCAAGCAGUUUGAGGAUCUUGCUGGGUCUCAGGACAUGGAAUCCAUAGUAGAGACCAUGAUGCAGCAGCUUUUAUCAAAAGAAAUCCUUCACGAGCCUAUGAAAGAAAUUGAAGAAAGGUAUCCUAAAUGGUUAGAAGAAAAUAAAGCUAAACUACCCAAUGAGGAGUACAACCGUUACAACCACCAGUACGAACACAUAAAAGAGCUAAAUAGAGUUUAUGAAACGGAGCCAGCCAACUUCAAUAAGAUUGUUGAGCUUAUGCAGAAAAUGCAAGAGUGUGGCCAACCACCUAAUGAUAUUGUCACCGAGCUUGCACCAGACUUUGAUUUGUCAAGUCUCGGUCAAAUAACCCCAGAGAUGCUCGAGUCUCAGCAAAAUUGCUGUAUUAUGUGAUCAUACUUGCAAAGUCUGCUUUUCUGCCAUUUCCGCUUGAUGUUUUCCUAUAUUUAUGUUUUUUGAGCCACGGUUCGUUAGAAACCAGGUUUAUUUCGAAUUGGUUUUAGUUAAUGACCAUGUAAUUUAUCAAUAAAAGAAGUAAAUUCCCAUGUAA